UGGCUCAAUGAACUCACACACUCACUCAACCCAAAUCCAUUUGCUUAAUUUCUCUUCUGUUAUCUCAUAAUUCCCAUGGCCUCAUCAUCAUCUUCUUCUUCUUCAUCUUCUUCUUCUCUAAUGUUUACAGUGCGAAGAUGCCAACCCCAGUUGGUAGUUCCUGCUAUCCCCACUCCUCACGAAGUUAAGCCACUUUCCGACAUUGAUGAUCAAGAAGCCCUGCGUUUUCACAUUCCCUUCAUACAAAUUUAUCGAAAGAAAGCAUCCAUGGCAGAGAAAGACCCAGUUCAAGUCAUUCGCCAAGCACUCUCCCAGACACUUGUCUUCUAUUACCCGUUUGCGGGUAGGCUUAGGGAGGGGCCUCACCGCAAAUUGAUGGUGAACUGCACCGGAGAAGGUGCCAUGUUCGUUGAGGCCGAUGCAGACGUCACACUCGAGCAGUUCGGCGAUUCUCUCCAGCCUCCAUUCCCAUGCUUCCAUGAACUGCUAUACCAUGUUCCUGCCUCACAACAAAUUACCAACACUCCCCUUCUACUCGUACAGGUGACACGCCUUAGAUGCGGUGGUUUCAUCUUGGCCUUCUGCUUCAACCACAUCAUGUGUGACGGAGCUGGUCUUUCACAAUUCAUGAGCACGUGGGCUGAAAUGGUUCGUGGUCCAACCAAACCUUCCAUUCCACCUGUGUGGUGUAGGGAACUCCUGAUGGCAAGACAUCCACCUCGUAUUACAUGCAACCAUCGCGAAUUCGAACAUGUCCCAGACACAGUCAAAGGAUCAAACCAACAUGACAUGGUCCUUCGAUCGUUCUUCUUUGGACCUUCCCAAAUAGCUACUAUUCGUGGCUUGGUUCCACCUCACCUUCGGCACUGCACAACGUUUGAUCUCAUCACGGCAUGCUUCUGGCGCUGUCGUACAAAAGCAUUGCAGAUAGAGGCAGACGAGGAUGUUCGCAUGAUGGUGAUAGUGAAUGCACGUGCAAGGUUGAAUCCUCCUUUACCAGUUGGCUACUACGGCAAUGCUAUUGCAUACCCUGCAGCAGUUACCACUGCAGGGAAGCUUUGUGAAAAUCCGUUUGGGUAUGCUGUGAAUUUGAUAAAUAAAGUGAAGGGUGAGGUGACAGAAGAGUACGUGCAUUCUGUGGCGGAUCUAAUGGUGUCUAAGGGACGGUGCUCUUUCACAACGGUGAGAUCUUUCAUUGUGUCCGAUCUGAGACGUUUUAGUUUCAGAGAAAUUGAUUUUGGUUGGGGUAAAGCAUUGUAUGGUGGAAUAGCCAAAGCUGGAGCUGGAGCAUUUCCUGCAGUAAUAUAUCUGACAUCGCAUGAGAAUGCAAAUGGAGAAGAAGGUGUAGUGAUACCAAUUUGGUUGCCUGCCAAAGCCAUGGAAAGGUUUGAACACGAGUUAAGUGACAUGCUUCGAAACUAAAACCAACCUACUUCCAUUUCUUUUUUAUGUUUAUAUAGUUUCUAUGUAAUUAAGAGAAUUUUGGUUUAUAUUCUAGAAUAUUGACCAAAACCAAACUAAAACUAGGAGUCCUAGUUUAAUCAUGUCUACCUAUAGCUUGUUAAUAGCUUAUGAAAAUAAUAAAUUUUGAAAUACCAAAUUAUAUUAUAAUUUGGUAUUUAAAUUAGUCACAAAUAUUAAUUAAAUGAACAUAAUUUUGCACUUAUCAUUCGUUUAAUAUCAAUGCAUAUAUAAUAUGUAUUUCUAAAUGUCACGUCCCAUUUAUUACUGUGCUGAGUCACCACUGUGCUCCCAUAAAUGCACCUCGCCACACGUGCACCUUCACUGACACGCCAUCCCACCCACUCUGCAUGCGACUGCCAAGUGUCGUUUUGGAACGUUCUAAAACCUUAAUGGAAUCCAAGUGGCAGCAAGCGAGUGGACGUUCGUCCUAAGUGGGGAGAGAAAUUUAUUUUCAGAAAAACUCUUCCCCUCUCCUGCACACUUCGUCUUCUUCCCCAAACUCUGAAUUUUCAAAUCCUCCAUCUUCUCUCUAGAACCUCCCAAACUUCUCUCUACUGUAACUCACCAAGCUCUUCUCCUUUCACGUUUCAGCACCGUGAGAACGUUCCCUGCACCGCGAGCUUCAUUUCAAACCGAACGACUUCCAGUUCUGUUUAGUGGGAAAGCUUAAGAGAACGUUGAGAGAGCUCCUUUUAGACGAGUCAAGAUCCACCCCUUUAGGACGUUCGCUACUGAAUCCGGAUGGAGAGGCGUUACUGGAUGAAACAUUGGAAGAAGAAAAUUUAGAGGACGCCAACCUCGUAGAAGUGGAAGUGAAGGCCGAACAGUAGAGACGUUCGGUUUUUAGUUAGAUUAGUGAGUGCUGUGAGAGAGCGCACUUUUAUGGUUUGUAUAUAGUUGGACGUUCGGUCAUUAUUUUGUAAACCGUUCGUCCUUAUCUUUUGUGAACGCUCGUUAAAUUAU